AAUCGAUCUUGCAAAAAUCUAAAGUACAAUUCAGCAUCGCACCAAAGGCGAAUAUUUGUGUCUCUCCACUGCAAGGUAGGUAAGUUUAUUUUGAAUCUCCACGAUAUCGAAAUGAGUUUUAUACCUUUCUCUGGCUUUGAUACAGUUAGCUAAGGAAUUCAGGUGGAUUCAGUCAGGCUAAUGGAGGGAAUUUCAGAGAUGUCUAUCGCCGCUCGACUGGAGUUUUUUAUAAUAAAAAGAUUUUUGAAGGACGGUAACCGUAUUAAUGGUGGACAACAGUAGCCAGGAGCCUAUUAAUAGACUCGGGCUGUAACUUAAAUCUUUGAAAACUCUUAAGGAGCAAAGACAUCAGAAGAAUAAAAUUCAUGUCCAAUAUAAUCUACGAGAGGCGAGGGAGGUUAUCGUGUAGACCGGAGGUUCGCUGUUUUGGUUUGUGAUGCAUGCCGCCCGACGUUUUCGAUGGCGACCAAUGCGUCAGCAAUAUGAUUGCUUGUUUCAGAAGAAAGACCAUUUUUGAAAUACCCCCUAUUAGAUAUAACUCUGUUUUCACUCGUGAUGCCGACGUACUUGCGAAAUAUUACACCCUGUCUUAUCAGACGUCUCGCCGAAUAUACUGUUAAGAAGUUCAAACUUUCGGCGCAUCACAUCAUGUCACGGUUGUGGGGGGAAGGGAGUGGGGUGUUCAAGUCUUGAGCGCUUUGAUAUCUAGUGGAUUUCAACUAUUAAUUAAAAACUGAUCAGUUAGGGAGUUGAUUCAAACAUGCCUUUAUUAUUUUAACACAUUCCAUCGAAGAAUAAUUCAUUUUCCCUUGACAAAUAACUUUAAAAUGUCAAAACUUGCAAUACAAUUUCAAUAUAUUAAAAUUCAUACUUGGCUCAUUGGGGAAUAAAACAAAAGAAAUUAUCUUGAGGAUCAGUAAUGAAUAAUACAUUUUUUUUGUCUUAUUUCCCCAAGCCUCGGGGGUCAAGUAUGAAUUUUCGUAUAUCAAAACACUGGUCGCUCUGAAUUAUGUCUUGGUCCGUAGUUUGUCAUGGGAUACUGAAUCAGAUAAUCAGAUAUCCCAUAUCGUAAUACAUGUAAAAGUCCAAAAUGGCUUCUGAUUUAAUUUGAUCUCUCACGGGUGACUAAGCACUCACGAAACUGAUUGAUCUAUGAUUAGCAAUCUCUAGUGCAGCUUACUUUAACUAUUGUAACACUCAAAUAAUACAGUGCCAAUUAAGCGCACUAUUUCAUGUGAUAUACUAGUUUCGAAGACUCUAGAAGCCUGCGCCGAGAAGAACCAAAGCUGCGGCAUGAGAUCCAGAAAAUGCAAAUGCGUAGUAUCACUACAAAUUAAAAAAGUUUACCAUUAGCCCAGUUGUCUGAACUCGAAAUUUUUCCGUCCUUAGAUUCCUUUUAAGUGGGGAGUUUUUCUAAACUGUCACUCACUGAGCUUGUGCAAGGUAAAAUGCUGCGUAAAAGGACCCGAGUAUUGUUUCUACAAAUGAUCGCGAGCCAGGCAGUUGUACCUUUCGUAAAAGUGAAUAGUGUACAAUGUACUACAAAAGCAAGUGCCCUCUAAUGAUUAGUUGCAUUGGUUAUGUUCUUAUCCUAUUUAAAUAGUUCUCGUGUGAGCAAAUUUAAAGGUUGUCGUGGUGUGUUCGAGCAACUCGCUCUCCUCACGAGAAAGUACCGGGAGUCUACUUUUUACAUCUUGGUCUACUUUGCUUUUUUUAUUCUUCUUUAUCUUCUUUCAAGACUUAAAACUCCUUCACUUACAAACUCCUAACUUUCUAAAUCUUCUCUUCUUCUCUUACCAAAGGUGAUGUUACACGAGAUUGUUGCGACAAUUGCGUCGAAUGGUUGUAACAUCGCUCCAAUAUUGCAACGCUGUUCUGCGCUAAAAAUCGCCGUUGCGAAUCGUCAGCAAUCGUUCCGUAUAACAUCACCUUAACAAGUCCGAAAUAUACGAAAGGAGCAAGUGUUGGGGUAGGUAAUGUUUUGGUAUUACUGCAGUCUGGACCGACAUGGUUACGAUCGGCAAGAAGCUUCAAACCAAUGAAAAACUAAAAUCGCUUAAUUUGGCCCACUAAUUGGAACAAAAACGAAACUUAAAAGAUGACAGAGACCUUAAAAAUAACUCCGUUUAAAGAACAUCACAACAAGGUUUUGGGCUGGUUUGGGAAGUCUGGAGUAUUUGCUGCUCUUAGCCACUGUAAGUUAGUGAGAUCCUGUUUGUUAAUGCUGUGACCAGCCUUGUUCUCGCUGCAAGAGUAGUCGCUCAGAGUUAGUUUCCCCUGAAGUGUCCAGUUCGUCCGUGUUCGUUCCCGUACGCGCUUAUUAGCUAGAAACUUCCCAUCACAUUGGUAAACAUCCACAAUGUAUUCAUUGAUUGAUGGAUGGAUGGAUGAACUCAUUCAUUCAUUCAUUCAUUCAUUUUCGCUUUGAUCGCAUGGCAAUGGUAACGUUCAUUUUUAUUCUGUUUCAAACCACGAAAUAAUUCUAAUGACCUCCUGAAGUCGGUACAAUUUUUUUUUAUUUUUUCUACAACUUCUUUAGUUGAAACUGAUUUUCUGCGAGAUGAAAAGGUUUUAAAAAUUGGAAUAAAAGCCUCGAACAACUAACAGAAAUAGAUUUCUCGCACUUCAGGGGUCUUUCACAAGCAAAGAUGGAGUUUCAACAAGAACAAUAUCAUCCGGUGACACAGGACACCCAACAUCAACAGUGUCGCUCGAAAUGGUGGGCGUUGAAGAACUUAAGCCCCAAGGGACAAAAGGACGGACCAUACGCUUACUUUGUCUGCCUCUGUGGUUUUAUUUGCAUUUUACUACCGACGGGUUGUGCAUUUUCCUAUGGUAUUCUCUUUCCGGUGCUUUUAGCCGAGUUUAAAGAAGGAAAAGCCAAGACGGGUACGUUGUUCAUUCGUUAUAAGCCAAGAAACUUGAGCACUCGCCGUACUGUGGGCAUGUACUGUGUACUGUGUAUUCUAAUAACCUAGGAUUUCGUUUUAGUACUCCCUUCCCCCCCCCCCCUCCCCACCACAUGAACACACUAGUUGAGAAACCUAGAAAAAAAGGACACUUUUUGUACUCAAGAAGGCCGACCUCAGUAUUUGAGUUUUUAGCUCUGACAAUUUUUAAUAGCGAUAAAGCUGAAUUGGAAAUAGUUACCUUCCGUUUUUACCCAAUACACCUACUAACGGAACGGCAACAAAUAAUGACGUUCAAUUCGAAUUUUCGCACCAUAAGCACCUUCAAUCCACGUGAUUAACCCCCUAAAAGAUAUAACAAGAGAAUCUCCCUUAUUGUUACAUUACACUCGGAAAUAAAUAAUUAAAUAAAUAAAUAUUCACACCCUGUCAAGUGCAGCUGGUUUUUUUAGGAUCGACAUCUGUUUGAUAUUUCCGCCACUAGUUUUUGAAGUUUGCAGGACGAAUACAUACUUAAUCUUCAAUCGCUACUGCAUGGACCUGUCACAUUCCGCGUAUAGUUGAAAAAGCUCAUUAAACCAGCAGCAAAAAACAAAUCACGAUAACUGAUCUAUUCAUCUUCAUUUCUUUAUUUUCUGUUUUUAUCUCUGUAGCUUGGGUAGGUUCUCUGGCUUAUGCAUCCGGUAGUCUCUUUGGGCCGCUUGUUGGACUUCUUUGUGAUCGAUUCAGCCAUCGCAAAGUUGCAAUAAGUGGAGGUAUUUUAUCAUGUUUGAGUCUCCUUGUGACGUCCCAAGCGCCUAAUUUGACGCUGAUGUACUUCACGUUUGGUCUAGCAUUUGGUUUCGGCUGCUGCUGUUUAUAUUUCGUUUCCGUUACAAUAAUGCCCAAGUACUUCCUCAAAAGGCGCGCUUUAGCGACGGGAUUUGUUAUCAUGGGGCCUGGCGCAGGAUUAUUUGUUAUGAGCCCCAUCAUUCAAACCCUGUUAAACGCCACCACAUCAUGGAGAAUGACCUUAAUAAUCAUGGCGGGAAUAACGUUUGUAACUUGCUUACUACCCUGUUCAUUUGGUACAAACAUUGCAAACGAUAAGUGCCAGAUUAAUACGUCAGCAGAUAAAAACUGUGAAGUCAGGUCAUCCCUAGUAGCUUUGGCGACUGCUGGGCGAGUUAGUUCAUCUCAACUAUGUUCAACAUUAACCUUUUCCUACUUGAAAAAUAAGGAGUUUGUUAUAUACGUGAUCGCUGGCGUCAUUUGUUUCUGUGGCAUGACCGUUCCCAAUGUUCAUAUGGUAAGUACUCGCAUGGUCAUAUUUUCUUUUUCGGGGGGGAAGGGGAAUCCUGCCCACUUAGCCCUCAUCCAAGUGGGAAAUUAGUGUCAACGUGUGGGUAAGGAUAGGGCUAGGUGUGCAGUUUACCCAAAUUACAAGUUUAAAAACAAGCUAAAACAUGCUUACCUCCGUCGAUCGAUGUUAAGUUCAUAUCGAUAGUGCAUCUUUAUCGGGAAGUUUAGGAAGUUCAGGUCUGCAAAUAUACUGUAAAUAGCAGAUGUCGUCCGUCGAGUCUUGUUAUGUUUUUAGACAAUAGUUCGCCUUGAAACGAGUAAAAUAUUACGCCAUUACUCACUUCGAAAACAACUCAAACUCGUCCCCAGGUCUUCUUGGUUAAGGGUUCAAUAAUCUGUAACUUUGCUGCUCUUUUCACGUCAUCGGUUCAAUAUGGCAAAACUCCUCCAAAUUUGGUCAACAGUAGCUGGUUAUGAUGAAUCAGUUAUGUAUGUCAUUUUAGCCAAUCAGAAACUGAGAAUAAUGAAUAAUAAAUAAUAAUAACAAUGAAUAAUGAAUAAUAAGUGCUAUCUCUAAAUCAAAAAUUGAAGAAUAAAAAAACAAAUACAAUAAAUGAAUAAAUAAAUAAAGUUAGUAAAUAAAAAAUUAUCUGGCAAUACAACUUUACAAUCUCAAAGUCAAACUCCUUGGUUAAAAUGUUCAUCAUCGUUUAUUAACUGUAACCCACAUUGAACAGAACCUGCUUGAUCUUGCUUGACUAAACAUUUUCUUAUUUUUGGGGGUAUUAAAACGGCUAAUCUCAGCCAGCAGGUUCUUACACGCGAGUUUUUAAUGUAUUUUGUAACUUGUUUCAUUGCUUUGUUCGAUUUUCUUUCUUUCUUUCUUUCUUAUUCAGGCUCGUUAUUGUCAAGAACGUGGAUUAGACGCAAACCAACCGUUUGUGAUGUACUUAUUCAAUGGGGUGGCAUCAGCAGUAUCGAGGGUUCUGACAGGUUAUGUGUGUGAUACAACAAGAAUUCAGCCGAGAUGGAUCUUUCAGAUAUCUCUGUUUCUUGCGGGUCUCAUCGCAGUACUUGUGACACUGUUUCACUCCUACUACGAGUUGCUUGUGUGUUUUAUUUUCUUUGGGAUGAUGGAUGGCGCUGCCACUUCUUCUGUCUGUAUCUUGGCCCUGUUUACAGUCUCACCAGAAGAGAGGGCUCAAGGUUUUGGCUUCUUCCAAUUUUGUGUCGGACUUUCACUGGCUAGCGGACCACCUUUUGGAGGUACAGUGUAUUUAUGGGUUAAAAAAACAGAACUUUAUUUGAUUGUCAAUGUAUUUAGCACGAAAGUUCUAAUUGGGGACACUAUUUUUACGUCUGGGACCGCCAUUUUACGUGGUCAUCCGAGCCACGAGAAGGUCUAACCGCUUGCUGUGCAAAGGGAGUGCCUUCAUUUCUCAGUUACUUUAAGACCCUGAGUAUUGGUUACGAUUUUAAAAGCGGAACUACACGUACAUGACUGAAACAUAAAUCCAGCUAGGCCUAACGGCGGAGCUCCCACAUGAGACAGACUGUUUGCUUGUUAAAAUCAACUUAUGUCUUUAACCCAAAACUUGAAAACGUCCGAAUCUGCUCCACCUUAAUAUUUAUUUUACUAACGUUUGUGCGAAGAGGAAUACAACGCAGGAGUUUGCCUAUGUUUAGAACAAGAAGAUAGGGCCUUGGCAAAAGAAUUGGGGAUUAGUAAAUAAACCAAGCAAUUAGAUGGAUGUGAAAAUACGAAGUUGUUCCAAAGAAGCGACAGCGAGCUACAGUCGCCUACAACCGAGUGAGAAAAACAAACGACCGAUUUGUAAGCUUUAUUUAGGCCUGAAUCAAAACAAAUGCAAACCAGCUUAUUCCAUUGAAUAGCCUUAGUAUAUCUAGUACCCAUUAGCUGAACCUGGGUCUCCAAGAAUGUGUUAUCUUCACCCGUCUAUUUGCCUGCAGUGGAGGCGAUUCCUUCGGGCGCGCGAAUGUUUUUGCUCGCGCAAGCGCCAUAUUGAAAAAAAAAUCCCUUUUAAAGUAACGGGAGUGUUAUUAGAGAGAAGAAGCAUCACAUUUACGUCAAACGUCAAACAGCAAACGCGAAGAUGUACCACGUGACCAAGUUUCCCCAUUACUUGUCGUUUACUGUUCAUUAUUUCUAGAGAUAAAUUAGUAGAUUCACGCAAUUUUUUAUCCAUAAGAAUUCUUUUGAGCUGUUUUUAUCUGUUCAUUUUCUAUGUUGAGAAAUUCUCAACUUGAAUCUGACGUUUGCCGUUUUCUCUAUUCUGUCAGUGCUGCCCAGCUUUUCAGCAGUGCCAACCUUGGAUCGCUACUGGAAGAUAAAAAAUGGCUGUUUGAUCAUGAGACAAGACAGUGUUACCCCUGCCCGUUCAUGCCGCCCAGUUCAGGGCUUAGUCCUUUGGACAAGUUGUUUCAAGGAGAAUAAUUUGAAGUCUUUGUUUUUCUCUUGUAGGAUUUCUUGCCGACUUAUCUGGUACAUAUAACCUGACGUUCUACGUCGCAGGAUCGUUUCUCCUCCUAGCUGGCUGUAUUUUGUUUUUGUCGUAUUGUGUUCAAGAUACAAAAAAUAGUCGAGAGGAUUUAAGGGAUAUGAUGUCGCUAGAGAAUGUCGAUAUUGUUGAAAAGGUUACGGUUUUGUAA